AUGGAGAAAUGUACUGAUAAAUCCCCCAUUGAUGAUGACUGGAAACGCACAAUUGAAUUUCUCCCGGAUAACUGUUUGGAGCACAUAUUUACUCAUGUCAAUCUCUACGAAGAUUUCAAUUCUGUUCUAAUGGUUUCUAAGCGUUGGAACCGUUUAGCUUUGGAUACCCUGCGAAGAAUGAAGCGUUUGUUUAGAGAAUGUACUGAUUUUUCGUGGCGUUUUAUUGAAAGCGACAGUCUUCUUUCUGAAAGAUGUUCACAUUCAGUAUGUUAUCAUCCUAAUGAAUAUGUAAUUUAUAUGUUUGGUGGAUGCAAUAAUACAUAUACUGCUUUUAAUGAUCUUUGGCUUUUUGAUUUAAAUACUCAUGAAUGGGAGCGUGUACUUAUUACUCGACAUCCAAUGCCUUCACCAAAAGCUUUAGCCACCAUGGUUUUGUAUAAUGAUAAUUUACUUUUAUUUGGAGGCUUUUCAAAAUCUUCAAUGAACCCAAUUCAUCAAACUAGUACAUUUUUUAAUGAACUUCAUUUGUAUGAUUCAAAAAAGAAUUGCUGGGAAGAGAUUGUUUCUGAAAACACUGCCCCACAUUUAGCCGGGCACACAGCCUCAAUUGUUGGAAAUUUUAUGCUCGUUUUUGGUGGUUCAAUGGGAUCUUCAUACAACAAUAAUGUUUAUGUUUUGGAUUUGUUGAGAAGAAUUUGGAAUAUGCCGUCAAUUCCUGGCCCUUGUCCACCUCCUCGUUAUGGGCAGUCACAAAUACUUUUGGACAACAAUCAUUUGAUAAUAAUUGGGGGUUGUGGGGGACCUAAUAUGAACUUUUCUGAUGUUUGGUUAUUAGAUUUUGAUCUGUAUGGAGAUUCUGAAUGGAAAUGGACUCAAUUGAAGGUUGAAAACCAAGAAUUAACACCCCCAUAUAUGUGGUGUCAUCGAGCUUGCAAAGUUGGAACUAACGCUGUAGUUGUUAGUAGACCAAUUAAAUCUACUUGUGCAAUGAGAGGAAGUGAACCUGAAAAAAGUGGAAUUCAUCGAAGACGAACUUCAUCCCAAUCAACAACUUCGUCAGCAGGCGGUGGUAGUGGUAGAUUAACUUCACCAGAUUCUCCGUCGGAUAAACGAGCGGUAGCAGCAGCCUUUUGUGCAAGUUCAGCCGAACAAUUACAUCAACAAGUGCAACGGAAACGAGGCAAUUCUCAACGAGAUAAAAAACCUAUUUUGUUGACAUCAAGAUCCCUGGAUGACCAGGAACAUAGACAAGCAAACGGAAUUCCGCCUUCCUCUUCUUUUGCCGAUCUUCAAGAUAAUGCAACCCCGCAAACGUCAAACGCUCAUAAUCCUCGUUACUUAAAUACACCGUCAACUAGAGGUUAUAAUGAAUUACAGAGAGCAUGCUCAAUUCCUACAAUAAUUGUGGGGGAAAUUCCAAAAUUGAUAGUUACGUCUACUACAGAACCUUCAACUUGUAGUCAAAGAAUUCCUACACCAAAUCAACGCAGCGUCAAGUCUGACAUUUGUCUUAACAAAUCUUCAAGUCAUCCAAAGAAAAUGGAAGUUGAUGAGAAUGAAAAAAAUAAUUCUGCACUAGACUCUUCUGAUAACAGCUCAAAACAAGAAAUUUCUGAGCAUGAGAUGGCUGUUCGAAAUUAUUAUAUUUCUCUUGUAAAAGAUGAACACAAUAGACUUUGCAUUGUAGAACCUUCUGAAAAUCUUGGGAAUAUGACUAGUAGGCUUGAAGAAUUUCUUAGUAACUGCAUCCCUUAUCUCACAAAACAAGAACGUUUAGAUAUUGUUGAAGAAUUUUUGGCCAACAAUGAUGAAAGCAAAAAAGAAGAAUCUAGCUCAAACCAAUCCAAAGGAUCAAUCCGUGACCUUCAAAAUCGUUCGAGAGCUUUGUCUGGAGAUAAUCCAUCCCCUUCGUCCAAAAAUGCAAAUUCUUCCGCGCAUUGUUCCACCUCUUUUGGACCUUUUUAUGGCCGACAAAUGUGUGUAUAUGUGUUGAGACUUCAAAAUAUUUUAACUGAACAAAAAGCCAGAUGGGAGCAACUGCCUAUUGAAGUGAACGCUCCAGAAGAUAGAUUACUUCAUUCACUAAUAUCCGGCCGUGGUGAACUUAUUCUUUUCGGUGGAAUGAACAGUGAUGGAAUUGGAAUGGACUGUUUAAAUGUUGGAAUGGAGCGAUACACGAUGAGUGCAGAAACUUAUAUCUUAAGACCGAGAUAUAACGAAAUGUAGAAUUUUUGAG